ACUUGGCCAGCAUCACUUGGAGUCCACAGACACAGCGCUGAUUGAAGGAGCUGAGGGGAGCUCAUUUUCAGAGCGCGUGAUUGUGUUACAGGGGCUUCACUUUAUUUAGACUGUCACCGGUCAGAUAGAUAGAGAGCCAGAGAAAGAGAAAGAGAGAGAGAGACUGACAGUAAAAAGCAUCUCUACACGCCUUUAAAAGUAGACAGUACAAACGAGAAGAAACGGGGCAUAGGAUUUUUUGGCAAACUGACCUUGCUUGAGUGUAAGGGAAAGUGUAUUUUACUCCCAGGAGUAAGGACUGUCUUGUGGAUCCGAGCGGCAUUUUUUUUCUUCCCGUGCGUAAAAUAAAAGUUUAACAGCAAGGAGAGGAGUGGAGGCUCAGCAAACUCUCCGAUUACUCUCCGGGAUUGUUGUAAAGCCCUUAUCGGACGCCCACUGGAGGAGAAUAUAUAACUUUUGAGGACAUUUUUUGGAGAGACACAGACGGAGGCGGCUUGGUUUAACGGAGAGCGGAGUGAUCCUCUUCGCUGAGCUGAGAGAAGUGCGCGCUGCGCCGGGUAGCAGACUGACCCAAAGGACGGCAACCUCGGAGACAAGGUAGAGCCGCUGCAGAGAUUCCGUACCUGUACCCAGACAUCUAUUUUUUCUUUUUUCUUUUUCGAAACAGUGAUGUUCAUCAUCUCUUUGUGGAUUUUUUAGAAUGCAAUGUUAUGACGGAACUGAGCUGAACAUGGAGCUUUUUUGGAUUUUGUUAUUUUCUAGUGUCUGUCCUCUUGCCUGGGGCCAAGGAGUUUACGCUCCAGCCAACGCUCAGAUCGUGCAUUCAGGCGCUGCAUGUAACGUCAAGGAUGAUAACAUCAGUGAGAGGAUCUACACCAUCAAAGAAGGAGACACACUUGUGCUUCAGUGUAUUGUUAAAGGACACCCACGACCACAGAUACGAUGGACGAAGACGGCAGGCAGUGCAUCAGACAAGUUCCAGGAAACAUCCAUCUACAACGAGACUCUGCGCAUCGAGGGCAUCCAGAGGGUGCAGGGGGGUCGCUACUACUGCAAGGCCGACAACGGGGUGGGGGUGGCUGCCAUCAAGUCCAUCCGCGUAGAUGUGCAGUACCUUGACACACCAGUUCUGACGGUGCACCAGACCAUCAGCGAUGUGCGGGGCAGCUACUACCAGGAGAAGACGGUUUUCCUGCGCUGCACCGUCAACUCCAACCCUCCUGCACGCUUCAUCUGGAAACGUGGGAGCAUGCUCAUCGAACAGAGCAAGGACAACGGAGUGGACAUCUACGAGCCGCUUUACACUCAGGGUGAAACCAAGGUGCUGAAGCUGAAAAAUCUCAGACCCAAGGACUUUGCUGAUUACACAUGCCAGGUGUCAGUCCGCAAUGUGUGUAACAUCGAGGACAAGUCGGUCACCUUCAGGCUCACAAAUGCAACAACGCCCCCAAUGAUCCGGCUGUCAAUGAACGACACAGUGGUGGUGGACCCUGGCCAGGAUGUGCUCCUAACCUGUGAGGUGACGGCAGGUUUCCCCCUCCCAACUGUGUUGUGGUCACGUUACCCAGGCCCUCUUCCUCUCAGCGCCCAAGUCAGGGGGCCAACGCUGAUUUUACGCGCGGUCACGCCCUCUGACGCAGGUUUCUACAACUGCACAGCUGUCAACAAUGUGGGCAACCCGGCUCGCAAGAAUGUCAACGUUGUUGUCAGGACGAUGGGUAACCUGACCUUCCAGAUUACUCCUGACUCCAACAAGGACAGCGAGACCAUCCAGAUGGGACGGGACCUCAAGCUGUCGUGCCACGUCGACGCCACCCCACAGGACAAGGUCAACUACACCUGGUACAAGAACAGUGCACCUGUGUUCAAUUCGGAUAGCCUGAUCUUGCUACGCAGUGACCCCGACAUGGCGCCUGGCACCAGCAGCUUGGAGAUUGUGGACAUGAAGUUCAGAGAUUUGGCUACCUACAGCUGUGUGGCAAACUUCCCAGGCAGCAGGGUGCCAGAGCUCCGCGUGGAUGUCAACAUCUCGCAGAACAGCGUCUCUCCACCAGUGCUGUCCGUUCCCCCAGGAGGGCAGGUGGUCAAUGUGCGAGAGGGGGGAAACGCUGACCUGGUAUGUUUGGUGGUGGAUGGCAAACCACGCCCACCUAUACUCUGGUCACGCACUGAAAAGGACCUGCUGAUGGCAUCAGGGCAGACCAUGGUGGAGACACCGGAUGGGCGCUUGAGACUAAAGAAUGUCAGCAGGGACAUGAUGGGGCUGUACCGCUGCCAGACUGCGCCAUACAACGGGCUUAACAUCAAACGCAGGGAGGCACAGGUCCAACUCAAUGUCCUGUAUCCUCCCAUACUGGACCCGGUCUUUCAGGACAUGCGGUCCAGGAACUAUCAGAUGGUGACCCUUAGGUGUACGGUCCUGCGGUCCAACCCACCUCGGCUAACAGAUAUACGCUGGUUCCGAAACGGUGACUCCAUCCGCAUGCCAAUGCCAGACCUGAAGGAGACGCCGGAGCUCAAGUUCAAGCUGGAGCCCACAAACAAUGGCUCUUAUGAGUGUCGAGUCAGCAACAGUGCAGGGACAUCAACAUGCACGUUUAAUGUCUCAGCACAACCCUACAAUGCAGAAUUCUACUUUGACACGCCAAACCCAGUCCGAAUCCUAAAAGGAAACAACUACUCCUACAUCUUGCAGUGGACACAGAAAGAUCCAGAGGCCACUGACCGAAUCAUAGGAUACUGGAUCAAUGUCCGAAAGAACAAGCAGAACCUGCUGUCCAAUCAGAUAGACCUCAAGGGAAAGGAGCCGGAAAAGGGUGUCCUGCUGUCCCACACCAUAUCAGAUCUGAGGAUCCCUCUGUCCUACGAGGUCCGUCUGGCCCCCAUCACCACCUACAGCACCGGGGACUACAUCAGUCGUAUCAUACAGUACUCAGAACCCUACACCUAUCCCAGACCCUCAGACCAUGUGUGUGGUUUCGAAGAUGAGCGGAUCUGUGGUUUCACCCAAGACCGGAGCGAUGUCUUUGACUGGACGAGACAGAAUCACCUAACGCAGAAUCCCAAGCGGUCUGUCAACACUGGCCCGGAGACUGACCGCAGUGGAACCAAGGAAGGAUAUUACAUGUAUAUUGAAGCAUCAAGGCCGCGUGUUCAGGGCGACAAGGCUCGUCUGCUUUCUCCACUUUUUAAUGUGACUUCAGUCAGGGGCCCAAAAGGCUCCGGCAGGGUUCCAUACUGUGUCUCCUUCUACUAUCACAUGAAAGGCAAGCAUAUUGGUUCUCUCAAUGUGCUUCUGAGAGUGAGAAGCAUCGCCUCUGUGGACACGGUGCAGUGGACGAGGUCUGGUCAUCAGGGCCCUGACUGGAAGAAAGCCUUCUUCGACAUCAGCCCCAGUGGACCGUUCCAGAUUGUGUUUGAAGGAAUUCGAGGUCCUAAAUAUGAGGGAGACAUUGCCAUCGAUGACGUGUCCAUCACCAUAGGAAAAUGCAAGCAGGGGAACACUGUAGCCAGCGCAGGUAAGACAGUUCUGAUCGGUGGAUCUCACUCGCUCCCAUUGGCCAGCUGGCUGACCUUUGGCCUCUCCUGCUUCCUGUCGCUGCUCUACAGAUGAUGAGCACUUCCCACAGCAAAUUUUGUCUGUAGUGACAGACACUGCCCUGACUCGCGCUCUUUUACUUCUUUCUCAACCCUCCUCCUUCCUUUCCCCUUUCCUAAUCUCGCCCGUCUCCCUAAGUGUCUUUCCUUCUCCACACAUCCUUCUAUCCUUCAUGCAUCCGUUUCAUCCUUCUUCUUCUUGCUGCGAUAAAUGGUAACACAAAUUCUUUGUCUUGUUCUUCUGCUCUGCUUUCUUUGAACAUAUCCCCCUUAAGACUCCUAGCAUAACCAACUGACGCUCAUACUGUAUUUAGGAUAAUAUAGUUAAUGAUCUUUGACUGUCAAAACCUCAUACUCUCUCCUUUGUCGCUCUAUUUAGUCUUAUUAGAUUGACUUUGUCCAUGUCCGUGUGUCACUUUGUCACCUUCUCCUCUCCGUCAUCACCCUUCUUCAUCCAUAUGUGCACCUUCUCAUGUACUCACCUCGUCCCAAUCCCCCAGACACACCAAAGUGUCGGACACUCUACCAAAGAUGACAAAGGACCUGAGGGAAUAAAGCGAGGAAACGGGGGAUUCCAGGAAGAAAGUGAAAGACGUAGGAAAAAGGAGGAAAAAUCCUUCAAGACUGUCUCCCUUCUGUCUCAACCUUCGAGACUGUGGGAGCCACUGAAUGAUAAAGAGACAGAUGGGAAUAUAAACUGAUGGACGAAUGACAGAAUAAACAAAUGAACUGUGAGGGAAGAACAAAGCGGACGCAGAGGGGAAAAGAAAUGUGCUCCUGGUAGCCUCUCUGUUUGCCCUCUGCUCGCAACAAGAGACAAACCUCAGUGCGGAUUAUACGUGUACAUUUAUCUCUAUAUAUAUUAAAUAUAACAAAGUUUAAACUAAAACACAACUAGGACAGUGGAGGACUUUACAAAGUGGAAUUAAAGAAGCACAACGUUUAUACAACCUCUGCUGUUCCUUUGGGUUUUAUUCUACUUAUUAUGUCGUGUUGCAAUUCGUCAGACCUUUUCAGUGUUUUUGAUAUUUUGCUUUUCUUUUUUUUUUGUUUUUGUUUAUGACAUUAUGAGGGUCAAAGACAGAGGGUAAUAAAGUAUUAUAUUAAUAUUAAUGAGAGGCAGAGACGCUGAUUUGAGAUCAAGAACCGAAUAUGAGCACGAGGAGGGAAAUAUGGGCCAGAAGCCUCUUGGAUUGAACCCUCACAAAGUUUUCUUCACAAAUACCGAACACACAUACAUACUGGCACACACACACACACACACACUCAGUUGUCUUUGCUGACAUCACAGCAGGGCCCUCAGCUCAACUUCUGCCUCAAAUACAUGUCUGCUCUGUGAUUGACCCAGAAGGGAAACUAUGGCAGAUAGUUGCAACGUUCUCAUUUCUUCUCCCUCACCAUGAACUUCCAUUCAGAGAACAACAUGACUCAGACGUCUGGAAUGAUUGACCACAGUAGAGUAGUCGGACAUGUCUCCAAAGAAAAGAAAAGAAACACGGUGUGCUACAAGAGGCAGGAAAGAGCCUGGAGUGAGGUCAGGUGAAUAAUGAAUGAUCAGAGAGCUCUUCUUUCUCCACAGGUUAUUAAAUGUCAUGUAUGAAAUCUUCAUACACAUGUGAGUGAGAGGUGGAGAAGACUGUCAGUAUCAGCAGGGUGUGCAGUGUGGAUUGCUUCCUCUCAUGAAUUAAUUACAUUGAAUGUCUGUAGUGGAAAACAAUUUCAUAAUCACAUAGAUAUGAUUGUUAAAAGUGAAGCAAUACUAAUAUCUAUAACUCUAUAUACCAUUCAUAACGUUUCAUGAAUUAAAGCUGUAGCUUUUUUAUCUGUCCAGGAGGUGGUACGUCUGUUUUGCUGCGUCAUACUUCAGCUUAUGUCUAAAUAACUUGACAUCAACCAGUCGAACUGCUUCGCUAACUGAACGGCUUAUUAUACAGUUAUGACUCUUUGCUGAUCGCUAUACAUGUGAAUUAAUCAUUUAAAGACCAUAUGUUUGUUUGUGUCAUGUCACACUGAUGCCACAUACCUGUUUUUAUAAAUUGAGGUCGUUAAGAAUCGUAUUAUUGAUUUUCAAAUCAAAACCAUGACACGCUGCGACUAUGCUGGCUCAUCCAGUGUGCUGUAAGAGCCAAUUUAUGUAGUUGCAUUGCUGUGUACGGUUUGUGUAUCCUCUACAAUGGCGAGCUUUUAGUUCCCACAGAGAUAUGUGAGCCUGUUAACAGAUCUGUAACCCCACAGAGAGUAAUGCAUACAAAGAAAAACAUGAGAGCCCUUUGAAAACUAUAUCUAAGCUCUGUCAUCAUUUACUUUGGUAUGAUGACUACAGGCUGUGUCUGAAUGAUGCAAAGCUAUGGAAGAAUUUCAUUUAAGUGACAUGCUACACUGUAAAUGUAAAUGUGACAUUCUGCAGUCACACACAUGAUACGUUUAUAAUAGUUUCCUCUGGAUAUAUUUAUGCUCAAUGCCUGUCAUAUUACCAAAAUGCAACAUUGCAAAGUGUUUUUGUUAUUCUGCAUUCACAGCAAUUCCUCCAUGUCACAUGGUUAAGUGAAUCAGCAACAGUGAAAUAUAUAUCAGUUAUACAUUAUUGUAAAAAAGAUUUAGUACUAAAGCAGCAUAAUAUAGGUCACUUUGUACCUGUAAUGUACUAAACACACUUUGGAAAUAUCUUUAAGCAUUGAUGUGCAUGGCAUUUCAUCAUGCUGUCAAAUGUUUUUUUUAGAUUGCCUCAUCUUUCAACGGCAGUAGUAACCUGGGAGACACUACCAUUGUAGUUAUUGCAUUUGGACGUGUGUCAGUUACAAAGCAGACAGAACGCUGCUGUAACCUUUGUUAUGUCUGCCAAACUGACAUUUUGUUCUAUGACAAUACCGAGCGAAAGUUGCAUUAUUAAAACCACCUAACAACAAAAUGUCAAAAUAUGACAUCAAAUACACUCGUGCAAAAUAUCCAACUCAUUGCCAAGCUGAAGCUGUCUGUGUGUGAACUAAUGAAGCAACACAUUUCUUUUUCACUAGUGAGUAUUAAAAGACAUGUGGCCACUAGUCGUCAACUCAUACAGGAUUAAGAAUUUCUUCUUCUUCACAAUCAACUUUAAAAAUGAUUCACAUGAAAAAUAAUGUUUUACAUAAAAAAUAACUCACAUGUAGGAUAGAUACUAAGAAAGGUUUGCACGCAUCAUCCACUAUACAGAAAAUGCUUAAAGCAUCACUGAUUUUUAACAUCCAUCAUUCCAGUAGAAGAAAAAUACAAUCAAGUGACUUAUAAUUUAUUUAAAAUAAGAAGUCAAUUCAAAUUAUUUUUAAAAAGAAAAACAACCAAAAUGUCUCAUCUAUUUGACCUUCUUUGACAGAGAGCAAACCAACAUCUUUAACAUUUUGACCAUCAUGCAGAGCUGUAACUGAGCACAGCGAGAAUCUGUAGCACACCCGUACAUUCAUGUAAAAUAAUCAAUAGAAGGUUUAAGAUCCAUCAAAACAUGUUUGUCUUAAACAGCAUACUGAGAACAAAUCUCUAUCUUACCUAAAAAUAAUACCUGCACUAUUCUUCAGUUUGUUAAAAACACAAAGAUAAUGUCGACAUAAUUAUCUUUUCAUGUCAUAUGAUGGCAUGUCAAAAACAAAAAUGUAAUUUUACUUCUGGUAAUCUGAAGGCCUCUCAAUAUUUAUUUUUUGAUAUUUAUGAUUAUUUAAAAAAAAUGUUUUUUAAAUUAAAUACGAUCCAGAAAAAACAGAAACCCAAGCUUUCUUAAUUGUUUUGCAGAAGAUGUGAGAAGAAUGGCCUUUUCUUUUCUUUUUUUAAUCAUUAGGUGACAGUAAAUUAACUCAGUUAAUUUAGUCAGUCAAUCACAACAGUGAUAAAUGUUGUUUUCCAAAUUGUGGUAUCUUCUUUUUCCUAUUAAAUGUUCAAUGUGUCACAGUUAGCAACAUGCUAAAUCAUUUAUUUACUAAGACCCUGUAGAGCUGCACAUGUACACACACACACACACACACACACACACACACACACAGUUUUCUGCCAUCACAGUGGUGAAAAUAAAAUACUGGAAUGACAAACUGACUGUUAAUGUCCCAUCUACUGUCUGCACUGACUUGAGUUUAUUGGAGUUGAGAAAGCCUAUCUUGACAAAGCAUCAUAGUUAAAUGUACAAGCUGCCAAUACACUGAGCAACUGGUGUGGAAAUAGUUCCUCCUAGCAACAUUACAAAGUUUGAUAUUAUUCUCACUUUGUAAGAAAUAAGAUGAUGUGAAACUUUGGCUGUCUGGGUGCUGAUAACACUCCAGGUUAAUGCUUCUUUGAUACUAAAUAAAUUAUUGGGGUAUUACAGCUUUGGUUUAAUGACCAGAUUCACCUUUUUCACAAAACACUGUGACCCUUGCCUGGGUUCCCCCAAAAAGGUUCAGAACAGUUAACAUUUGUUAAGUUAAAUAUUUUCAGUGAGGAAAAAAGUACCAAAAAUACGACAACGGAGAGACUCUCUGAAGUGCACAAACUGAAUCUCAGUAUUUCAAUGGGUCGUUUAUCAUUUGACCAACACAUGAUGGUGUCUCUGUUUUCUGGUAUCUAAUGUUUCACCAUGCAGCUUCAAUGUGAUACGCCUUAAAAGCUUAUGAAUUUAUUUUGAAGGAAUCACCUGACUAUUGAAACUCACUGUGAUGAGCAUUGUCUUCACAUUCACUUUUAAGAUACAGUGCAUCAAUCACAGUGAUGGAACACAUAAUGACUGUCCAGCGGAGGUUUCCAUGCCAUACAACAAUGUAUGUUUGGAUACAUUUUGGAACAAAAGUUGUUGUGCACUUUUAAUGAAAUGCACUUUGAAUGUGAGGUGAAGGGAGAAGGGUAUCAACCAGUGCUGGUUGUUGUAUAUCUGUGUCAUGUUCUGAAAUAUUUUAGAGGAAAAAUAUAUUUGAAAUAUGAAAGGUUCAAAUAAACAUUUGUGAAACAAU